CCCUCCCCUGCCCGCCCCCGCCUCAGCUCCUUUAAUACACUUUGGGCUCCGCUCGCCUUUGGACUCUGCGCUGCCCGGCUCCGGCUCCGGCUCCGGCGGCGGCGGCGGCGGCGGCGGCAGCGGCGGGGCCGGUGCGGGCGGAGGCGGGGGGGACGCCGCGGCUGCCGGGGGGAAGCGGCCCCGCACCGGGAGGGCGGCCCCGGCCCCGGCGCCCUGGUCCCCGGAGCCCCGCCGGAGCCCGUGCCCGGCUCCCCGUGGCCGUGCCCGGCGCGGACCAUGCUGCUGGACGCCGGCCCGCAGUUCCCGGCCCUCGGCGUGGGCACGUUCGCCCGGCACCACCACCACCACCACUCGGCCGCCGAGAUGCAGGACCGGGAGCUGAGCCUGGCGGCGCAGAACGGCUUCGUGGACUCGGCGGCGGCGCACAUGGGAGCCUUCAAGCUCAACGCCGGCGCCCACGACCUCUCCCCCGGGCAGAGCUCGGCGUUCACGUCGCAGGCUCCCGGUUACCCCGCCGCAGCCCUGGGGCCCCACGCCGCCCACGUCGGCUCGUACUCCGGGGCGCCCUUCAACUCCCCCCGGGACUUCUUGUUUCGCAGCCGGGGCUUCGGGGAGUCGGCGGCGGCCGGAGGGCAGCACGGCAUCUUCGGGCCGGCGGCCGGCAGCCUGCACCACCCGCACACGGACGCUCAGAGCCACCUCCUGUUCCCCGGCAUCCACGAGCAGCACGGCCCCCACGGCUCGCAAAACGUCCUCAACGGGCAGAUGCGGCUCGGCUUGCCCGGGGAGGUGUUCGCCCGCUCGGAUCAGUACCGGCAGGUCUCCAGCCCCAGGACUGACCCCUACUCGGCGGCUCAGCUGCACAACCAGUACGGCCCCAUGAAUAUGAACAUGGGCAUGAACAUGGCAGCCCACCACCACCACCACCCCGGUGCCUUUUUCCGCUACAUGCGGCAGCAGUGCAUCAAGCAAGAGCUGAUUUGCAAGUGGAUCGACCCCGAGCAGCUGAACAACCCCAAAAAAAGUUGCAAUAAAACUUUCAGCACCAUGCACGAGUUGGUCACCCACGUCUCGGUGGAGCACGUUGGGGGCCCCGAGCAGAGCAACCACGUCUGCUACUGGGAGGAGUGUCCCCGCGAAGGCAAGCCCUUCAAAGCGAAAUACAAACUGGUCAAUCACAUCCGAGUGCACACGGGAGAGAAGCCCUUCCCCUGCCCCUUCCCCGGCUGCGGGAAAGUUUUCGCCAGGUCGGAAAACCUCAAAAUUCACAAAAGGACGCACACAGGGGAGAAGCCCUUCCAGUGCGAGUUCGAGGGCUGCGACCGGCGCUUCGCCAACAGCAGCGACAGGAAGAAGCACAUGCACGUCCACACGUCGGACAAGCCCUACCUGUGCAAGAUGUGCGACAAGUCCUACACGCACCCCAGCUCCCUGCGCAAGCACAUGAAGGUGCACGAGUCGUCCCCGCAAGGCUCCGAGUCCUCGCCGGCCGCCAGCUCCGGCUACGAGUCCUCCACGCCCCCGGGGCUGGUGUCCCCCAGCGCCGAGCCGCAGAGCUCCACCAACCUCUCCCCGGCGGCGGCGGCGGCGGCGGCGGCAGCAGCGGCGGCAGCGGCCGUGUCCGCCGUGCACCGGGGCGGCGGCGGAGGAGGAGGAGGCAGCGGCGGCGGAGGCAGCGGCGGCGGAGGCCACAGCAGCCUCUCGUCCAACUUCAACGAGUGGUACGUCUGAGGUGCCCCUACCCCCCCACACACACACCCGCCGGACUGCUCCGCACGGCCCCGCCGCGGCCCCCUCUUCCCCAGCCCCGGGGGCGAGGAGGAGGAGGGAAUUCUCUUCGUGGGGGUUUUCUCUUUGAGAACGCUUUAAACCAGCAAAAAAAAAAAAAAAAAAAAAGAAAGAAAAAAAAAAGAAAAAAAAGGAAAAAAAAGAAAAAAGAAAAAAAAGAAAAAACAUAAAAGUACGUGCCGAAAAUAAGCAAAGACGGAGAGGAAUGGAAAGGAGAAAAAGAGAGAGGGGAAAAAAAAAAAAGAAAAACACCGUAAACACAAAACGCACCCACCCAGCAAAAAUCUUCUCGAGGCGGCGGAAAAGAAACUCUCCCUGCAGAGCCUCCAGACAAAAGAUGAGAGACUGCAGCCCCUCCGGCCCCGCGCCUCCCCGCCCGGAGCAGCCCCGGACUGUGCAGAGCGGCCGGCCCCGGCCAGCGGGGAGCAGAGAUUUCCCGGAUUCUCGGUGUACAGAAGCCCGUCCCGUUUGUAACCCGCGGAUUGGUCCCCUUCUUAUUUUUUACUUUGGAGUUUUCCUUUUUCUCUCUCUUUUUUCUUUUUUUCUUUUUUUUCUUUUUUUCCUCCCCCCUCUCUCCCUCCGCACCCGAAGAAGUGACAGACUUUUUAUUUUUCUUUUUUUCCUCCCCGCCUUCCCCUCUCCUCCUUUUUUUUUAAAAAAGAUCACCCGUUUAAAAAAAAAAAAAAAAAAAAGUAACGUGGAAGAGAGAAAAAAAAAUGGUUUCUUUUGUAAUUGUGAUAUCUUGAAUAUUGUGUUCCUUUUUAAGAGGCAACUUGAUUGUAAACUGCGUUUCGACUAUAGACUGGGGAAGAAAUACCGUGCCAAAGUCUCCAUUCUGUUACCCACACACACACACACACGACCAACAACGCUUGUGAAUGUAUUUUUCUGUUAGCUGGGUUUACAUGUGAUGUUUUAGUGCUUUUGCAAGUUCGAUUUGUUAGUUCCUGUUCGGAAGAUUGUGAGGAGAAAUAAACGUCGUGCCGUUAGCUUUUCCGUAAUAACACCCUUCCUCCUGUAAAUACCUGUUACCAUAUUUAUCCAUUUGUAAUUAAAUUAUGGUAUUAACUUGCUACAGAGGAAACAGUAUUUAUAAAGAAUGUUUCUUAACUAUAAAUAUGUACAAUUGUGAGCAUAAACUGUUUCAGAUUUUUUUAUUUGAAGGUUUAAGUGGUUUCAUCAUUUCUUGUGAUAUGUUUUGAGAGUAAUGCAUACAGAAAUAUAAUAAAAACGUGUUGAAACUGCA